CUCUUUUCCUCAAUACUGUUCAUAAACCGUCCAAAUUUUAGAGAGUAAAGCGAUAUCCGGAAAAAUUGGGAAAAUGACCUGAAAUGGCAGAUACAUGUUUUGCUGAUUACUCUACUCUGGGGUCACGUGAUGUGAACAGCUAUGAUAAUGAGUUAUUAGAAGCUCCAGAGGAAGAGGGAGAGUUUGAUGUUCUCAAUGAUGAGACAUUUGGAAACCUUGACGAUGAUGAUUUUGACUGGGAAGAGCAGACAGAGAAGUUUGCCGAGGUGUACGACCCGGAACAUGCCGGUCACCACCAUAACGACUCUGGCUUUAAUACGGCAGAAAAAUCCUACAGAACACAGGAGGAGUAUAUGGAGCACAGUAUCAGUCAGUUGAUGGUAGAUGAUGAUGAACCUGAUCCUGCCAUACUCAAGUCCAAACCUAUACCCAAGAAUUGGGCAUUUAUUCCACAGAGACAACAGAACUUGGACAGUUUGUUUGGUCCUGCCUCGCCGCCAUCAUUGUUGGAUGCUGAGCAUUUGGUGUCGCCAACCAGCAAGAAUAUCUGGGGUUCACCAUUACAAGAAGUGCCUCAGCCACGACCACACCUGAACAAUAUACAGUCAUUGUUUGAUUUUGCCAAGUCUGCUAACUCUGAUGGUCCUAUUGCUUCCAUCCACGGCCCUCACUCAAGAUCGGCCCCCAUGGUGCUACCAAAGGCUCAGACAUUAGAGGAGAUUGAGAGUUCUCUGCUGCGUAAACCCAAGGUGCUGACUGCAGAAGAGUUGGAGCGUCAGCUUCGCGGAGAGUCGCCCAGUCACACAUCAUCAUUGUUAACCAACGGUCAUCCCAUACCACCUGCACAGUUCAACAUCCCACCUCCUAACAUGGCAUCCUCACUUCCCAUGCAACAUCCUCCUCAGAUGGUACCGGGACCUCCACCUGGCAUGAAGGGUAUAUCCAAUGGUCACAGGUCGCCAGUAUUCAAUACACCUGCACCAAUAGGAACACCAGUACGCGUGCCACCUAUACCAGGUGGUGCUCCUGUGAGCAGUACUCCACAGUACAGGAAUAGACAGUCGCCAGUGAUCAUGUUAACCCGGCGAUCACCAGUUCCCCGUUCCCCUACACCUCCACCCCUGUGUGUAAGCCCUCAGACUCCACAGAUGGUAGGCGUGCCUUUUAGAUUCGUGACUCCAUAUGCCACACACAGUCAACCUAGAUACAUAGCCACACCAGGGCGUGGAUUAUCCCAGCCUAUUGGUAUACCUCGUGCCAUGAGGGGGCCACCGCCAUCUAACAGCCCCUAUAAUAGUCCCCAGGGCAUAUAUGGUAGUCCACAGGGGCCUUACCAAAGUUCACAUCAACAAAGAUUUCAACAGCCAGGUAGUUUUAAUGAAGCAUACAGUAAUAGAAAUAACAGCAAUACCUAUCAGUCAUCUUCUCAUGUGAAAGCCCAGUUCGAAGACAGAUCCAGAAAUGAGCAAGCCAGUAACAAAGAACAUAGGUAUCACCGAUAUCCAUACAACCAAAAGUAUGAGUCCCGCCAAGAGCACUCUGGUCAGCGGAAACGUGGCAGUAAAGACGAGGAUACCUAUGCAGGACUGAUGACCCAGAAAGAGAAAGAAUGGAUCAUAAAAAUACAACUGUUACAACUACAAACAGAUAACCCAUUUGAAGAUGAUUACUACUACGCUUCAUGGUGCUUGAGAAAGAAGGCCAAAGAGUUAGAGAAGGAUGAAGUCAAAGAAAAUGCAGACCGUAACCUUGUGAUACCAUCUCUCGCUAGGGCAGAGAACAGGGCUUAUAAACCUGCUCAUUUUGAAGGAUCUCUUGGUCGUUUAACAACGUCCAGCGUGCACAAUCCACGCCAGAUCAUAGAUCUUCUAGCCAAGAGUGUGUCAGAGACUGCGGCAGGGGUCAGUAGCAAAUCUACCAGCAAUGUCGGCAAGGAACUGAGAAAAUCUCGCCAACUAUUCAUGGACAUUGAAAAGGGCUACAACCUACUUCUGGAUAUAGAUACCUUAGAGAAACAGAUUCUUGCUCUUCCAGAGGAUAUGAGAAAACCACUUCUAGAAGAGAGGUCACUGAGGGUGGACCUGUUGUUUCAUUAUUUACUCUGUGAUGGUAAUUCUGCUGCCUUCAUGCAAUACAUGAACGUCAGGAAGGGUCGCAGUCUCACCAAGAGGGCACUGCCUUACCUUGAUAAGGUUCAGUCUGUGGGUAUAGUGUCUCUGGUAUGUAAGAAUUUACAACAGCUCAUGAAGAAUGAUCAGGCUGAUGAGAGAUUAGAGGAACUGUUCCUACCAUGUGCCAAGGUGAUAGAGACGUGUAACCUAGCAACUGUUGUUAUGUUUGUUGAAGACAUACAACAUGAAGAAUCUCCCUCCACAACAAAACCUAUUGCUAUGGCAUUACAGAAUAAGUUUGGAAGUUCUAUGUUGUGUACAUUGUUACAUCAAGGUGAACAUAUUUACAGUACAACUUCACCUGUAGAUCUUGAAAGUAACCUGCAAGAUGAAUGGUGUGAAUUUGUGCAUGACUUUGCUGGAAUCAUGGCAACCAUUCCUCUCGAGUCAAUUACUGCCCCAUUGCAGACGUACCCCGACAUAUCGAAACAUCUAGAACGGCUGCUCAAUAAACGUCUGAUGGCCGUUGUCGAGGACAACCUCAGAGUAUUUACUCAUCCGUCGGUGGAAAACGAGUCCUGACAUAGUUUGAAUCGAGUACAGCCUAGCUAAUGAACGUGAAUCUUGACCGAUUGUAAUCUACAAGUUCAUAUGCUUGCACUUAAUCAUGAUAAAAGUUGAGAAAGGGUUUUGAUACUUAAAGGUUGCUUGACAUAGAAGUUGUGAUGGAUUUCAAGACUGACACAUCUGAUACUUGAUGAUUGCUUAGUGAUGAGCCUUGAUUUGAUGUCAAGGCUUUUUGUGAUAUCAUUUUUGUUUCGUGAUAUAGUGCUAUAACAUCACAACUACUUCUACCAACGCUAGCCACUAGACAGUUAUUUUAAGACAUGCAGAUUCCAAUUUUCUUGAAUUUCAUAUUGUUAACAAACAGACAUAGGAAUUCAGUUUCCUUACAAUAUUAUGUUUGGGCUUUGGUUUCCAGUUUAAUUCAUUUACACUAUAAAUUAGUAGUAGCAAAUACACUGUAAAUGUGAAUUUUACAAUCUUUUCUCUAAAUAGAUUCAGUUGUGAUUUUUAGAUAAGGAUAUUUUUGUCUUUAAUAUCUAUAGUGUGUGCUAGACUUUUUGAAAUCUCUCUUUUAUCAUGAAUUUCGGUAUUGUCUUUUGAUAGCUAAGUACAUAUAUUUAAGACAUGUUAUAAAAGAUAAAACAAAUAUAGUUUGUGUGUUGUCUAUUUUAGUACUUUUAAUAAGCAUGGUUUAUAAGUUUGGGAAAUAUGUUUUAUAUACUUUUUUCAGGAUAACUUCUUUCUCUGUUUCUUUUUUCGAUUGAUUCUAUCCUGACCAUUUAAAUUAAAGUAUUACAAAAAAAUUAUAAUUUUUUCGUUGACUUGAAGAAUUUAGGAUACUGGAUGUAGCCCAGUGUUUUAAUAUGGAUAAUGUAUUAGAAAGGUUUUUCAAAUUGAAGAGUAUCUAUAAUACACCAUUUAGUGUGUUAUUGAUUAAACAAAGAUUUAAUUAUGUUUCCCCAUAUGUUGGGAGAUAUAUGACUGUCUUGUCCACAUCUGUUUGUCUGUCACAAAGGUUUGUCUGGACCUCUCCUGUGAAUCAACUUUCAUCCAAACUUGGUAGGGAUUCCCAGAAUCAUGGUUAGCUUUGAGGUAGUUGUUUAUAGUCUUUCUUUUCCAUAAACAACCAUGAUAGUAAGAUAUAUAUAUUGGAUCAAUAAGGGAGGUAAUAUUAUUACAGAAGUUUAGAAGUUUAUUUUGAAAAGUUGAGGCUCAUUUAGAGCGUCUGACUUGACAAAGAAAUGCAACAUAAGUAACAUAACAAAAUAAUAGAUAAUGAUUGACAAAAAGAUGAUUCUAUUUAAUGGCAAAAGAUUAGAAUUACUCUUCCAUAUCUUAAUUAGUAAGUUAUGAAAUUAUAUGAAAAUAAGAAAACAAACUGUAGAAAUAUCUCUAUGGUCAUUUACCUCAGCAUUCCCCUGUAAAAAAAAAAGAAAUGAAUGAGUUGUCAGUCAGUGUGACAGUAUACUAAAUACUUCUAAUAGCAAAUAAGUCUGCUGUAAGGGGUGAUCAUCUGGGGCAUAUGUGCUUGUUUAUUUUUUUAUAUUUUUUUUAUUAGUAAUGGGUGCAUACAGUCGCUUAUACAGUUUUGGCCAUUUUCGUUUCUACUUAAAAAAAAAUUAUGCCACAAAAUGUCUUUGUGAUAUGGCUAGAUACUGCCUAUCAAUUCACCUUUCUCUUUAGACACUCGGUAGACAUGUUCUUUUACAAAAUGCAAUCUCUAGUUUGAAACAUUUAAUGUAAUAACAAUUUGAUUCAAUCAUAUUUUUGCGAUUAUCUUAAUGUUUUGUUAAUAAUAAUUUAAAUAUUACUUUUUCUGUAUCUUUCAUUUUAUUUGUCUCGGACUCUGGUAAUUGUUCUAUCAAUCAAAUUUAAGAUGUUUGUUUGAUCAUUCUUAUUUUAAUUAUGUUUAUGGGAAACAUAUGUAGAUGGGGAAUAGGGUUUUUCUUAUGUACUAUUGAUUUAAAAGAAAUACUUCUCAGAUAAGUAAUAAUCUAUUUAUAACCAAUUUACUUUUUACAUGCAGGUGUUACUUUCACAGUCAUUAAUCUCAAAGGAAUUAAGUGUUACCGGUAAUUUGAAUGAUUUGUUCACAUUCUAGGAAGUUUGUUAGAUUAAUAUAUAAUGCCACAAAUAUGCUUGCAGAUGGCAGUGUGUUCAAGUUAUAAACAGCUUCAGCAGAAUUUUUAUACUGGCUUUUCGUGAUUUUUGGAUAGUUUUCAAGAUACUUCUCAUAAUUUUUUUCCGGAUUUACUAAAAUGCAAAACAACAUUUGUGCUACCAGUUUGUGUAUUCUAGAUUCUUACCUCAUUUUUUUAUGAAUCUGUGAGGGAGCAGUUUUAGACUGGUAUCAGCAGUUUUGAUGAGUGAUUUAGGAAUAUGAACCCAGAUAGGUACAUAGGUUACUCCUCUACAGGUCAUUAGUUUUUGAAAUGUUUUUACAGAAAAGUUUAUUACUACUACAGAUUAGGGACUGGCUAUUCAGAUUUUUGUUAGCUCGACUAUUCGAAGAAUAGUCUAGCUAUUCUACUAACCCUGGCGUCGGCGUCGGCGUCACACCUUGGUUAAGUUUUUGCAUGCAAGUACAUACAGCUAUCAUGUAAAGGCAUAUAGCUUUGAAACUUAUUUAUUCUUUUUCUAGGUCAAUUACCAACCUCACUGGGUCAAGUUCCAUAACUCUAACAUGUAUUUUGAGCAAAUUAUGCCCCCUUUUGGACUUAGAAAAUUCUGGUUAAAGUUUUACAUUCAAGUUACUAUCUCCAAAACUAAUGCAGAUAUUGAAUUGAAACUUCACAUGUGUCUUCGGGGUUAUAAAACUAGUUGAUAGCACCAAGUCCCAUAACUCUGACCUUUAUUUUGGCCAAAUUAUGCCCCCUUUUGGACUUAGAAAAUUCUGGUUAAAAUUUUGCGUGCAAGUACAUACAGCUAUUACUAAAAGGCAUAUAGAUUUGAAACUUAUUUUUUCUUUUUCUAGAUCAAUUACCUACCUCACUGGGUCAAGUCUCAUAACUCUGACAUGUAUUUUGGCCAAAUUAUGCCCCCUUUUGGACUUAGAAAAUUCUGGUUAAAGUUUUGCGUGCAAGUACAUACAGCUGUUACUAAAAGGCAUAUAGAUUUGAAUAUUAUUUUUUCUUUUUCUACAUCAAUUACCUACCUCACUGGGUCAAGUCCCAUAACUCUGACAUGUAUUUUGGGCAAAUUAUGCCCCCUUUUGGCUUUAGAAAAUCCUGGUUAAAGUUUUACAUGCAAGUUACUAUCUCCAAAACUACUACAGAUAUUAAAUUGAAACUUCACAUGUGUCUCCGGGGUUAUAAAACUAGUUGAUAGAAUCAAGUCCCAUAACUCUGACAUGUAUUUUGGGCAAAUUAUGCCCCCUUUUGGACUUAGAAAUCCUGGUUAAAGUUUUGCGUGCCAGUACAUACAGCUAUUACCAAAAGGGAUAUAGCUUUGAAACGUAUUUAUUCUUUUUCUAGGUCAAUUACCAACCUCUCUGUUUCAAGUUCCAUAACUCUUAACAUGUAUUUGGAGCAAAUUAUGCCCCCUUUUGGACUUAGAAAAUUCUGGUUAAAGUUUUACAUGCAAGUUACUAUCCCAAAACUAAUGCAGAUCUUGAAUUGAAACUUAACAUGUGUCUUCGGGGUUAUAAAACUAGUUGAUAGCAUCAAGUCCCAUAACUCUGAUAUGCAUUUUAGUCAAAAUAUGUCCCCUUUCGAACUUAAAACUCUUUUGAUAUUUAACAUUUUGGGUAAUAAUUUCCUGCUUCUGUGACAAUAUUUCUAAUAGUCGAGCUUGGCUGUCUUACGGACAGCUCUUGUUUGUUUGGUUGUAGUCUGUAUACAUUUUCACUCACAGCUUAGCUACUCAUACAGUUUCGUAUCCUUUGUAGUCCCAAGGAGAUUGUGCGAACAUUGAUCAUCCUGUUUCCAUAGAUUUUUGCUUGCUUUAAGAGUAUUUUUUGUGCAAUCACCAUUACAGUUGAGCUCGCCACUACUCUGAUGCCAUACCUAUGUAUUUUUGCAUUGACAGUACUCAAAUAUGAUUAUUACAAGUUACCACUGAUAUGUGAAUGAUUUCUCUAUAUACCAUUGGUGAACACCUUCCUUUAGCUGUGAUAAAAGGGUCAUGUUUUAGUGAAAAUCAGCUCUUAAAUGUCAUCUAAAGAUUUGUUCAAAUAAUUCAGUAAACUUUCCACCUUUAUUUUCACAAACUCCAGAAGUAAUGUAAUAUAUAUGUGCAAGGCAGUACUUGAUAACAUACACAAAUAUUAAAAGUUUAAAUAUAUGGUGACUGCAUGCCUAAACGGCGAGCUUAUUUGACAUUUCUUUUCCUAGUUUUGCUGUAAAACUUUUUUAUACUUUAUAACCUUUAUAGAGUUUAUAGUCAGCCAAUAAAUUUAUCAAGGUGUACCUGUUAAUCUUUGUAAGUAGUCAGUUUCCAAAUUGGGAUUUGUAUAUAAGAAAUUUUGUAACAAAGUCCUUUAUGUUAGAUUUUUCAUAGACUUAUUUGAUAACUUGCUUACGUAAAGCUAUACCUGUGGGACGCUAUUUGUUUAGUCCAAAGGUGACAUGUUGUUAUACCUAUAAAACACAGGUAGGUAAUUUUAAUAUUACCUUUUUUUCAUGGAAAUUAUGCAUCACGUUUUUGUUCCUGAUAAAAAGCAAAAUAUUGUACAAAUAAAUCUAUGGCUAUUAGCAUCUAA